ACGAUUUUAUUUCUGUUCUUCCACGUCUCGCCUCAAGAUCUUUCUUUUCCUCUCUGCCGCUUCUGCUACGAAGGAGGAGGAGGUGGCGUUCGGAAUUUGAUUUAUAGGUACGAGGCCCCGUCGCCGUCCUUAAAUCCUUCAGAUUCUUCGGCCAUCUCGGCGGCGGCGGGGAUCGAGCUGAGGGCUUUCAGUCUUCAAGGGGGCGGGAUGGAGGAGGCCAAGAUGUCGCAUUGGGCGACGGUCCGCGCAGUGCUGUCGAUCCUGCAGUGGUGGGUGUUCAAUGUCACGGUCAUCAUCAUGAACAAGUGGAUAUUUCAGAAUCUAGAUUUUAAGUUUCCUCUGACAGUAUCAUGCAUCCACUUCAUCUGCUCCGCCAUUGGAGCAUAUACUGUGAUUGAGUUACUAAAGAUAAAACCCCUAAUUGAGGUUGAACCUGAAGAUCGCUGGAGGAGGAUAUUCCCAAUGUCAUUUGUAUUUUGCAUUAAUAUUGUCUUGGGAAAUGUGAGCUUGAGGUUUAUUCCAGUUUCAUUCAUGCAGACUAUUAAAUCCUUCACUCCUGCAACAACAGUCAUUUUGCAGUGGUUAGUAUGGAGAAAAGUUUUUGACUGGCGCAUAUGGGCUUCAUUGGUUCCCAUCGUAGGGGGGAUUCUUCUAACCUCCAUGACAGAGCUUAGCUUCAAUACAUUUGGAUUUUGUGCUGCCUUAUUUGGCUGCCUUGCUACCUCAACAAAGACAAUUCUAGCAGAGUCUCUUCUUCAUGGAUAUAAAUUUGACAGCAUAAACACGGUGUACUAUAUGGCACCUUUCGCAACUAUGAUACUGUCUCUUCCUGCAUUGAUACUCGAAGGAGCUGGAGUGGUCAACUGGUUCUACACUCAUGAAUCUAUAUUUUCAUCUUUGCUCAUCAUUUUUGGCUCAGGUGUUUCAGCCUUUUGCCUUAACUUCUCAAUCUUCUACGUCAUACAUUCAACUACAGCUGUGACAUUCAAUGUUGCCGGCAAUCUCAAAGUUGCUGUUGCCGUAUUAGUUUCAUGGCUUAUUUUCAGAAAUCCAAUCUCUGUUAUGAAUGCAUUCGGAUGUGCCGUGACUCUGUUAGGCUGCACGUUCUAUGGAUACGUCAGGCACAAGCUCUCUCAGCAGUCUGCAAUUCCCGGAACACCUCAUACACCUCGAAGUCAAAUGGAGCUACUUCCGCUUGUAAAUGAUAAGCAAGAAAAGCUUUAGUGGUCUGUGCAUUGAUGAGUUGUAGAUCUGCAUCGAUAGUUCUUAGAUCAGAAGAGUAAAGGUUAAGAUCCCACAGAUGUUACUGCCUACCCAGAUUUGAGUUACUGGCACUAGCUGCUCUUUUGGUGUUAAAAAGUAGACCUCCAAUUUUCUUUGUUUUAUGUUCUACACGUUAUUCUGAUAGUUUUACUCAUGGUUCCUGAUUAAGCAUAUCGUUUCAUUUAUUUA